GGGAGGAGGAGGAAGAUGGCGGCGGCGGCUCGCGGGCUGGUUGUGGUGGCGGCGUGCGGGGCCCGCGCGCUGAGGGGCGGCUGCUGCCGGCGGCUCCGGGCCGCCCCGGGCCGGUUCCUGAGCGCGGGGCGCCGCAGCAGGGCGGGGGUGGGGCUGGCCGAGGCGCUGCUGCAGGACAAGCUCCGGCAGCACCAGCAGUCAACUGAGGGAGGAGAUGGGAAAGGCUCCAGUUCUGAUGAGCAGCAAGAGAAGAAACAGAAGGAAAAUACAGCCUAUGCGAAGAAAAUGGUGCUCCGGAUAGCAGGGCUAAUGGGAGCUGGUAGCGGGAUAGCAGUUAUCUAUAUUUUUGGUAGUAAUUCAGUGGACGAGCAAGGGGCUAAGAUCCCAGACGAAUUUGAUAAUGAUCCAGUGGUGGUUCAGCAGCUCCGAAGGACGUAUAAAUAUUUCAAAGACUAUAGGCAGAUGAUUAUAGAGCCCACCAGCCCAAAGCUGCUUCCAGACCCCCUGAAAGAACCGUACUACCAGCCUCCCUACACCCUGGUCAUCGAGCUUACAGAUGUUUUGCUCCAUCCCGAGUGGUCGCUAGUAACCGGCUGGCGCUUUAAGAAGAGACCUGGCAUUGACAGUCUGUUUCAGCAGCUGGCGCCGCACUAUGAAAUAGUCAUCUUCACGUCAGAGACGGGCAUGACGGCAUUCCCCCUCAUUGACAGCGUGGAUCCUCAUGGAUUCAUCUCCUAUCGGCUUUUCCGAGAUGCCACCCGUUACAUGGAUGGACACCACGUUAAGGAUAUUUCCUGCCUGAACAGAGACCCCGCCAAGGUGGUGGUGGUGGACUGCAAGAAGGAGGCAUUCCGCCUGCAGCCCUUCAACGGCAUGGCACUGAAGAAAUGGGAUGGCGGCUCCGACGACAGGACGCUCUUCGACCUCGCCGCCUUCCUGAAGACUAUUGCCUUGAGCGGGGUCGAGGAUGUCAGGACGGUGCUGGAGAACUACUCGAUGGAGGACGACCCGCUGGAAGCGUUUAAACGCAGGCAGUCUCAGCUGGAGCAGGAGGAACAGCAGCGGCUCGCCGACCUCUCCAAGAACAAGAAGCAGCAGCUUUUCCUGGGCUCCCUGGCAAGCCGGCUAUGGCCUCGGUCGAAGCAGCAGUGACACUCUCCUGUGCAGCCCCACCCGCUUGUGGACCGUCAGAGCAGCGUGGUCUGGGGGGUGGGGUUCCAGCCAUGGCAUCUCAUCUACAAGGCCUGCAGAACUGCCUUCAGACUUAGCCUGUUCCAGACCCGCUCUGCGGGGCGGCGAGCCGGCCGGCAGAGAGUCCCACGCCGGCUCUACGGUGGCCUAGUGGGGCCUGUGUGUCUGCAGAGAAAUGGACUUAUCUCAGUACAAAUAAAGGGGGGUGGGGAGGGUCACUCCCUAAUUAGCUUCUAGAUCUCGCCCCCCCUCUGUAUCGUGUUUCCUUCAGACGAGAGAGAGGACCGUGCUGCUCCUGUUGGCGUGAAUGGAACCAGUGGGACGCACGCUUCAAAUAAACGGUCAUCUUUCUACAGGCGGCUUACGGCGCGGCCCUGCUUUGCUCUUCUCCCUUAGGCGUGGAGGGGGGUAGGAGGUGGUGUCCUGUGUGGGACGGGCAAUUGAGCCGUUCACUCACUACAAGAGGCACCCGCCUUAGCCCCCUCAGAGUUUGCCAAGGACUGGUGGAGCUGGGGCCACAAACCCUCUUUUGGAAGGGCGGCGGGAGGUAGAUGGGGCACAGAUUGUCCAGUCUCAGUGCAAGGGGAGCAGGCACUCCCGAUGAUCUGCUCCCUGCCAGACCGGAUGGGGCAGGGGUGGCUGGCCCCACACGCACUGGGAGAGUGUAGAAACAAGACGGGCGAAUGGCCGUGAACCUAUAAACUGCACCUCCAGCUCGAGACCAUCAGGCCCCUCCCGUUUCAGGGCUAAGCGUGACCCCUGCCUGUCCAGGGGCCAGACUACAGACAGUCACUGCAGCCUUCUGCCCUCUGUUGGAGCCGUCACCUAAUACCCAAGUGAGCUUCUCUUCCGUGUCCUUUAAAUGUUCCUUCCCCCAACCCUGCCGCCGGCCGUGCUCGGGGGAGGUUUAGGUAGCACGCUCCCACCUCUGGUCUGACAUCCAUUUCCCCAGGACAACUGCACUGACCUUUCCCACUCCAGAGCCGGGUUUGCCUGUCCCUGUUAAAUAGACUGGCUUCACUCUGCAUUUUGGUGCCUGGGGGGAGGACAAGGCCUCGGGCAGAUUGGCCCCCAACCCCCUCAAGCAAAGUCUAUGACUGCGUGAGGCUGGAGCAGCCUUGUUUUUGUCCUAAGCAUCGUUGUAAAGUAUAAAUGCCAGGGGCUUCUAACGACAAUAAACCCACCGUAGAGUUGGAGCCA